AUGAAAGGUCCAUUUUGUGUGUUCUGUGUUCUAUUUCAUUCAUUUAGUGGUCAUGGUAAUUCUUAUAAACAAAUUCAGUUUGUAAAAAAACCAUGUAUUAAGUAUAAAGAUUUUCACAAAAAAGCAUGCAAACACAAAGUUUCCAAGACACACUUACAAUGCACAGAAAAUGCGGUUAAUUUUAUUAAGGUUUUUUCUAACAAAGCUUCAACUGUUUUUGAUAAAAUUAACACUUCUCAUAAGUUACUGAUUGAUAAUAAUAGGAAAAAAAUUUUUCCUAUUAUUUCAAGUAUACUAUUUUGUGGUACUCAAGAAAUUGCUUUGCGUGGAAAAACAUCAAAUGAAGGAAAUUUCAAUUCUUUAAUUAACUUUAGAAUUGAAGCUGGUGAUAAAAUUUUACAAAGUCAUUUAGAAUCAAGCCCCAAAAAUUCCAAAUAUAUUUCAGCUAGAGUUCAAAAUGAAAUAAUUAAUAUUACAGGAAAAAUAAUCUUGAGCAGAAUAACAAAUUAUUUAGUGAACUCGCGAUCAUUUUUUUCUAUACUCGCUGAUGAGACUGCUGAUAUUUCUGGUACCGAACAGUUAUCCAUAGGCAUAAGAUAUAUCUCAUUUGAAUCAGAAAACCCUGCAGUUAAAGAAGAAUUUUUAGGUUUUGUUGCAUUAACAGAUAUGCAUGCUAAAACUGUAGCAAAAUCUAUAAUACAUUUUUUGAGACACUGGUCUUAA